AUGGCCGUUGCGGGCCUGCUGGCUGCGGCGGAUGCCCUCCCCGCCUCAUACCGACUAUCGCCUCGGCAAAUCAAGCAGUACGAUAUCGUUCCUCGGCAGAGCAACUCGGCGACGCCACAAGUCUUUUCAGUCCCCGACAGCUUGACCUACCCUUUGGCAUUGGAACAACUGGAGUUCAAGUUUUAUCAGCAGGGAUUUGCCAAGUUCCCUGACUCCGACUUCGCUGCCCUCGGACUCAACACGCAACAGAUUGCGGACCUCAAAUCCAUUGGGAGCUCGGAAGAGCAGCACGUGGUUCUGUUGCAAUCAGCUCUCGCGCAGGCGGGGAUCCAGCCCAUUCAGGAAUGCGAAUACGACUUCAAGUUUACCACCGCAAAAGACAUGGUCUCGUUGGCGGCUGUGUUUGAGAACAUUGGCGUCUCGGCCUACCUGGGUGCUGCAGGCAUCAUCGACAAGUCGGUGCUGACGACCGCCGCGUCCAUUGUGACCGUCGAGUCGCGCCAUCAGACAGCCAUCCGCAUCUUUGCAGGCCUCGCAGCAAUCCCCCAGGCCCUCGACGUGCCCCUGAGUCCUCGAGCUGUCUUUACGAUGGCUUCUGCCUUUAUCAAGAAAUGCCCGCAGACUUUGAACAUCCAAGCCUUCCCGGCCUUGACAAUGCAAGGCACGGAAACGCCCAAAGUCGGUGCCUCGGUGCGCGUGCAGGCGGCCUCUGGAGCUUCGGGCGCCAAGCACUGUGCAUUCACGUCUGGAAGCGCACCGGUCGGCAACACCGUCUUCUCUGACUUCAAGGAGAACGAGGGCUGCGUCGUGCCCCAAGGCGUGGCGGGCGUGGCAUACAUGACCCUGACCAAGGAAGCGCCCGCUGAUGGCAUGCUCACGGACGACAACAUUGUGGCUGGGCCGAUGCCCAUGGUUGUCACUUGA